UGUGUACUAUGCGUAGACAAGUUGUAUUCCCCAGCUGAUAACUUCUUGUUGUCUAUUUGGAAAAUAAAAACUUAUCAAUGGGUAGGACUUCGAAGGACAAGAGAGACAUCUUUUACCGACUUGCCAAGGAGCAGGGAUGGCGGGCGCGGAGUGCCUUUAAGCUUCUCCAGGCAGAGGAGACGUUUCACUUGUUAGAAGGUCUCACUCGUGCCGUUGAUUUGUGCGCAGCUCCUGGCAGUUGGUCACAAGUGUUGGCCAAGCGCAUGUAUGAGCCAUUACCGACGGAGGAGCGUGAAAAGGUAAAAAUCAUCGCCGUGGACCUACAGGGAAUGGCUCCAAUUGAAGGCGUCACACAACUCCGAGCGGACAUCAGCAAGGAAUCAACAGCGAAGGCCAUUAUCGAGUUCUUUGGCGGAGAGAAGGCACAGAUUGUGGUUAGCGAUGGAGCUCCCGAUUCCACGGGCAUGCACGACUUUGACGCUUAUGUUCAGGGGGAGCUGCUUCUAUCUGCCCUAAGCAUAUCCACCUUCAUCCUGGAAAAGGGAGGCUCAUUCGUGUCGAAAAUCUACAGGGCAGACAGGACCAGCCGGUUGUAUACGCAGCUCAAGCGAUUCUUUAAGGAUGUGUGUGUAUUCAAGCCCUCGGCAUCCCGAAACUCAAGCAUCGAAGCUUUUGUUGUGGCCCGACAGUUUUGUCUGCCCGAAGGCUAUAAGCCCUGCAACCUGACCACCGAAUGGCAUGAUCAUCCCGAGACCUGGGUGUGCCGGAAAAAGGAGAACCCGCCUGUUGUUCACGUUCCGUUCGUUGCUUACAAAGGAGAUCUGGAUUCGGAUCGUACAUACGUCUUGGGUGCAGAUUAUGUUUACAAGGAACCAGUUCAGCAACCUUUGACUGCCGCCUAUCAAGAUAUCCUUAAGAAAACAAGUCAAGUCAACAUAAAAUAUGAAGGAAUCAAAAUUAUACACGACGAGGAAUUGUUUAAGGAAUUUUACGAUGCUGGCGUUUGUCUAAGUCCGGAUAAUUCUGAACCAAAAUAAUUGAAAACAAAGAUAUAAUAGAUUUAAUAUGAAAACUUUAAUAAUAAGGAAAACACCGAGUCUGGGAAGGAAGGAGCACAAUCAAUUUAUCAAUCAAUUAGGGAAUGUUUAACGUUCUGUACUGCAGCUAAAAAUAAAUAGCCAAAGC